CCAUCCUCGCUUCUUCCCUCACAUCCAUCCAUCUUCGCAUCAAAGGCGAAGUAUUCCACUCGACGAUACACACAACGUCUAGAUCGUGUUCUUGGGUCGCAUUAGCUGAACCCUCCAGAAUCUAGCUGCUUUUUCCCUUAGCUUACCUCAGCUCCCAAAACAUCACCUCCAGCCGCAGCGCCGCAAAACCUCUUCCCUAUUCACACCAAACAUCAACAAUGGCGGACAUGGACUUUGAGGCCGAAGGCCGUUUCGAAGACGAGAAUCGCGGAUAUGACCGUGAGCGCAGCCGCUCACCUCGAGCUGACCGUCGUGGCGACGAAGACGCAAGAGCUCGUAGCGCAUCUCCCGGUAAUCGUGAUCGUGGCAAUGAUCGCCGUCCUCCAGCUGAGCCUCGCGGCGCACAACAAGAUGACGAGGAAGGUGCUCGCAACCCUGGCUCCAACCUUUUCGUGACUGGUAUACACCCUGACUUGACUGAGGAGGAGGUUACACGUCUCUUUGAGAAGUAUGGAGAGGUUGAGAAGUGCAACAUCAUGCGUGACCCUCACACUCGUGACUCUCGCGGAUUCGGCUUCGUCAAGAUGGUCACUUCUGAACAGGCUGAUGCUGCCAAGGAAGGUCUACAAGGUGAAGUCCAUCAAGGUAGAACCUUGAGCAUUGAGAAGGCUCGCCGUGCUCGCCCUCGUACCCCUACGCCCGGCAAGUACUUCGGCCCUCCCAAGCGCGAUGACUUCCGUGGUCCUCGAGGUGGUGGCGGUCGCUACGGCGGCGACAGGUAUGAGGACCGUCGUGGUGGUGGCUAUGGCCGUCGCGAUGAUCACGGCUAUGGUGGUCGCUCCCGCAACUACGGUGGAGGUGGCGACAGAUAUGAAGACCGCGGCUACGGUGGUCGACGUGACCGAGACGACUACGGCUAUCGUGGUGGUGUUGACCGUUAUGCUUCUCGCGAUGACCGCUACGGUGGACGUGGAGAUGACCGACGCGGCGGAGGCGGCGGCGGCGGUGGCGGUGGUGGAAGUGGCUACUACGAUCGCGAAGACCGGGCUCCUCCAGCUGGUGGUGCUUACGGCGGAGGCGCUCCAGCAGAUGAUACUCGUGGCGGCGGCCGAUCUUACGAAGAUCGUGGUGACGACCGCUAUUCUCGUAGAUGAUGCCUUUUCCGCUAACAAGACCAGGUCCGACUACUCGCGCUUAAAGUCGGAAAGUUGCUCGACAUGCCACGUUAUAAGCUCGACCUUGUGUGUAUUACUCGGCCGACCGUUGGUGAGCAUGUUAACCUUGUAGCGGCAAGUCAUCAUAUUUGUGG